UUGAACAAUAAAGAUGAAUAUGAAACAUUGGCUAUCAAUUGUCUUAUUAAUCUCUAGCCUUAAUUGUAAUCUUUGUGAUAAAAGGUUGGAACGGUUGGUGUCUGAUCCCGACGAAAACAGAACUCCCUGCGAAAUGAUUGAGUCUCGUAAUUUCAAAUGUGAUACUCAUUGGGCUAAAACGGCCGAUGGUUAUAUAAUUGCAAUUCACCGAGUAAUAAACCCAAUAUUGAAGGCAGCAAAAAAACCAACAAUUAGACCGGUUGUGGUACAACAUGGUCUUAUUGGUUCAACUUUGCAUUGGGUUAUUGGCUCUGCAGGUGGGUUUGCUGCUGACUGGACAAAUGGAAAGCCCAAUGUUGACCUGAAUGUGGAAGGACGCAAUUUACCCUAUUUACUGGCCAAUUAUGGUUACGAUGUUUGGAUGCCCAACUCAAGAGGCAACCAAUUUUCACAGAAUCACACUUUUCUUGAUCCAGAAAAAGAUUCAGAUUUUUGGAAAUUUUCAUUUGAUGAAAUGAUUAUUUACGAUUCACCAGCCGUUAUUGAUUAUAUUUUGCGAAAAACUGGUUACAAGAAACUGGAUUGGAUUGGUGUUUCUCAAGGAGCAAUGAUAAUGUUUGGUCUUUUAGCCGAGAAACCAGAAUAUUCAGCAAAGAUUAACCUUUUCUAUGGAUUGGCACCAGCCGUCUUUUUGGGCAACAUGGCCAGUCAACUUAAAUCAAUUGCAAAAGUGCCGGGUUUGCUGAAGAUUGCAACUCUAAUUAAAGCAGAAUUUGCGAUUCCAAGAAGUGUACUUGAUCCAGUUGUUGAUCAAUUUUGUGGUGAAUUAGGAGGUCGUAAUAUUUGUCAAUCGGUAUUUGAGUUCCUAAUUGGUAAAAACCCAAAUGCACUAAACUCAUCUAGAUUGUUAGUCUACAUAAAACAAGGCAUUAAUCCCACUUCAUUCUGGAAUCUGGUUCACUAUGGAUCAUCUGCUGCCACUGGAAAGUUUGCUAAAUUUGAUUAUGGUUGGCUUGAAAAUCUUGCUCGGUAUGGGUCCAUAAAUCCUCCAGAAUAUAAACUUUCUGCAAUCAAUUUGAAAAAUAUAGUAAUCAUGUCAUCCGAUAAUGAUAUUUUAGUUUCUCCAAAAGAUGUGCAAAUACUUAAGAAAGCGGUUAAAGUUCCGAUUAUUGAAUACCGAGUAAAGGAUAAAAAUUUUACUCAUGGAGACUUUUGUAUAGCAUCAAACGUCUAUGAGAUGGUUAAUGUUCACAUUGUAAGGCAUUUAAGGCAAUCCAGCUAAACUUGGCAUUGAAUUAAUUGUUGAACUGCUCCAGAUUAAAUAGCAUUCAUUGUAACCAAAGAGUGAAGAGCACAAUCUAUUUAAAGGACAGAGCAAUUUAUACUCUUUGAGGAGUGAUUAUUAAAAAUUAACAAAAUAAAU